AUGCACGAGGAAUCCAAAAAACAUAGCAAGGGUGCCAAUAAUCCGAAAGAGCAGCGAAAACGGCGUAGUAGACAAGAAAACAAACCGGAGAAAAACCUGAAACAUGACAAAGAUACUAAAGCUGAUAUUAAAGCUGAGAAACCUGAAAGAGUGCCAUAUGAACCACCACCAGAAUUUUACAAAAAUCUCAAAAAGGAAACUGAUGAAAUUCUCAAGAUAACAGAGGAGGCCAAUGCGAAGUAUAAAAAGAAAGAAAUACUCAGUAACUGGGCUAAGUAUGAGAUGCCUAUUGAAACUUAUGAGGACAUAGAUGACCAAGAAAAUUUGGGAGCUGAUUAUGAGACGUUAGCUAAUAUACCACUCUCAAUAGGGGGGCAUUUUCAAUUUAAACAUGAAAAAUCUUGGGAUACAAGUUCUGGCCCAAACCCAUAUGACAAAUAUUUUGAAAUAAAUAUGGAAAUGCUUAACAUAGCUAUCUCUACUAUUCCAUUUAAUGAACGAAAUGGUAUAGAUUUAGAAAUAUUUAUUGAAGCAGACAUCAAAAAUAUGAAUCAUCGUGCAACAAAAUUCAAGCAAAAGUUCUUUAAUGACAAAAAGUUUAUGACCCCAGAAAUGGAGGCUCAAGAAAAAAUAUUAAGAAAUUUAGCUCAACCAAAUCAAAGUAAAGAGGAGGAUAACUUAACUAAGGAUGUUAAAGACAUUGAUUUGAGUAAUGUAUCUAAUGUAGAAGAAAAAACAGAAGAUCUUAGUAAUAAGAGCAGUAAUGAAAAUAUAGAUAUACUAUGUAAUAAAAGGCAUACAGAAAAACCUAUGGAGGACAAAAAUAAAAAAAUAAAUGUUCACGAGGUUUUAUAUGAAAUAAAAAAAGACACAUUGCCAAGCAAGAGCAAUAAAGAAAUUUGUUUAGAAAGAAUUGAAGCCCCUAGUCCUAAAGAUAACAGCAAAAUUAGAGAGGUACCCAGUACAGAACCAGUUAAAAAUCCAGUAAUUGAAUCUCCUGAAGACCUAGAGAAAUGGCUGGAUGAUUUUUUGGAUGAGUAA